GAGCGGAAGUGGCAUGGUGCUACGUACACAGUGCACGUUCCCGUGGUUGGAGGGUUGGAGCUGUGGCUGCUGUCACCGGUGAAGUGAUGGCAGUGGAGGAGCUCAGUACACUCACACGGGCAUGAGAAGAGGACGGGGAUGGCGGACAAACCUCUCACACUCUUUGUGAAGCUAUGUGCCGCCGGGUUUUAUGGUCUCAGCUCCUUCCUGAUCGUGAUGGUCAACAAAAGUGUGCUCACCAACUACAGAUUUCCUUCUUCAAUAUGUGUCGGAAUUGGCCAAAUGUUGGCUACAGUGGUUGUGUUAUGGGUGGGCAAGGCAGCGAGGGUAAUCAGCUUCCCCGACUUUGAUAAGAGCAUACCUGGCAAGACAUUCCCUCUACCUCUUCUUUUUGUGGGGAAUCAAAUCACGGGACUCUUUGGGACCAAAAUACUUAAUCUUCCCAUGUUUACAGUUCUCAGGAGGUUUUCUAUUUUAUUCACAAUGCUGGCGGAGGGUUAUCUUUUGAAGAAGAAGUUCUCCAGACCAGUGCAGUUGACAGUAUUCACGAUGAUCCUUGGAGCAUUCAUAGCUGCCGGGGCUGACCUGACUUUUGACCUACAAGGUUAUGUGUUUAUUCUUCUAAACGAUGUCCUCACUGCGGCUAAUGGGGCCUACGUCAAGCAAAAACUAGAUACUAAGGAGCUGGGCAAAUAUGGAUUACUAUAUUACAACGCAUUAUUUAUGAUCGUCCCCACUGUGUUUCUGGCUGAAGUGACUGGGGACAUGCAGAAGGCUGUGGAGUAUGAAGGCUGGUCAGAUGUAUUAUUUCUCUCACAAUUCUUUCUGUCCUGUGUCAUGGGGUUCAUUCUGAUGUACUCCACUGUGCUCUGUACACAAUACAACUCAGCACUGACGACCACAAUAGUGGGCUGCAUCAAAAAUGUACUGGUUACUUACAUUGGGAUGGUGUUCAGUGGAGAUUAUAUUUUCUCAUGGACUAACUUCAUAGGUUUAAAUAUCAGUAUUGCAGGCAGCCUGGUGUACUCCUACAUCACACUAACAGAAGAGCAGACCAACAAAGCAAACGAAAACAACAAACUGGACAUUAAGGGCAAGGUUAUUGUAUGACAUUGAGACACUGGAUCACUUAUUUUUUAUGAGAAUGACACCUCUAUUUUUAGUACAACUUAUUUAUAUAUGGUACAAUGUUUAAGUGUUUCAAUGGAAUAGUGUUGGAAAAGCUCUGCAGCUGCCAUAGAGCCAAACCUCCCAGACAGAUUUGGGAAACUUUUUGUUUAUUAUAUUUUUUGUUUUAGAUAUUUUUUUGUUUCUAUUUAGUGAUGGUACUGUGAGUAUAGGGAGAUAAAAGGGGAACUUACAUUUUUAUUAAGACACACCUGGGUAAAUACAGGCACAUGUAAACUAAAGAAUAUUGUGGAAAAGUUGUAGUUGUUCAAAAUCAUUCAGAUUAAGUACUACAUGCACAUUGUGAUAUGUAUUUGAAGCCUUUUUAUGGUGAUUAUGCCAUAAACUGCCAAGCAGUUGAUUAAAACCAAUAUUUAGUGUUACAUAAAGAUGAAUGAAAUACGGUAAUUUAAUUUGGCAUAAGUCCCAUACCAGAGGAGCAGCUCUUUUUUUAAGCGGGGCUUUGGUUUGGCACAAUAAGCAGGUACUUGCCACCCCUUGUGGCUAGUUUCUUAAUUACAGUAUUUUAAGCAUUUAUAUUAACUGUAUUUGAAGCUGUACUUGAAAAUACAUUAUUUGCAAUUUCCCCUUUUAAUCAAACCAUUGAAAUAAUGGUAGGAUUCCGCAAUAUUCUAACCCCCUUGUGCCUUUGUAGUUUGCCAAAGUGAUUGGACGUGACAUAACUUACGGACAUUGUUUUGAAGACACAAUUCUUUUCUUUUUUGCUGUUUACAGUGAAUGUAACUUGGGAUGCCUUUAAAGCACAGUGCCAUACACUGUCUCACUUCUGCUGGUCUUUUCCCUUAAUUUUUAUUUUGGUUGCACAUUCCCUGCUUUAGGCCUUUCAGAGAUCAACAAAUAGAUGUUUAACCAUUGAAAGGACCUGUGUGACAUGGUAAGAAAUUCAUUUUGAACUGAAUCCUAUUAAACCAGUUUGGGUCCAAAUGUCCCAUCUGCUCUGUAGUUUAUCAAACCUUGUGUUGCCAGCCUAUUUUAAAUUGAUUGGACCGUGGGUGGGCAUUUCCCAUUGAGUAUUGGCGCUUUAUUGCAAACUUCAGCAUUUACAUAUCACUCCCUCAGUAUUACUGAAUGUUUUCAGUGACUAAAAUGGCUGUAGCUGGUUCUCUAUGCACAGAAUAACAAGCGUUAUUUUGUUUUGUACAUGGGGACAUUUCUCUUUAUCGCACUUUGAACUGGUGUUGCUUUGGAGAUCAAAUGUUAAAUUGAAAAGUAAGAGGUUACUGUGCUUUACUGUUACUGUUCAUUUUUUAUUUUGAGACUAAACAUUUAACAGUCAGGUACAAGGGUUGACUUUUUAUAUAUUUUGUAUUUAUUUUGUGUAGAUAUUUACCUUUCAGGGGAAAUGUAUUGUCUCAAACUCAUAACAAAACAGUGUAAUUUAUUUCAGUAUCAAAGUUUAGCUUAGUUUUUGUGAAUGUCAUUUUGAAAGUAUAUUACCAUAUGUGUUUUGUAUAAAGUUUUUUACAUUAAACAUUUUAAUACAC